CGGAGUAACUUCCAAAAGUGCGUAAAAACUCUUGUCUCAGAAAGUCGAAUAGCAGGAAGCUACCGUGUGCAGAACACGUACACUGUCAUUAUGUGGCUGCCUUGCGGAUGCACUUCAAAGUACAUUGCUACUUCCUUUCGUCGACGGGUCUCCAAAUCUUACAUCCAUAUUUUGGGUCGCUGGAGAUGCAACGUUGCGGCGUUUAUGCCGGAGGCUGCGGGGUUCGAAGGCGUGUCGGACCGCUCGGCGUUGCAGGAGUUCUCCGUCAACAACAGUGAGAGCUUCUGGGCCGCUGCGGGGCGCGAGAGACUCAGCUGGAUCCGUCCUUUCCACACAGUCCAGGACUGUGACCUGAGCCGCGGGAGAAUCAAGUGGUUUGAAGGAGGUCAGCUGAAUGUGUCCGUGAACUGCCUGGACCGCCACGUGCACACCUGUCCAGAGAAGGUGGCCCUGAUCUGGGAGAGGGAUGAGCCGGGGUCAGAGGUCAAGAUCACCUACAGGCAGCUGCUGGAGAUGACAUGCCGCCUAGGUAACCUGUUAAGGCGGCGUGGCGUGAAGAGAGGCGACUGUGUCACCAUCUACAUGCCUACCUGCCCUCUGGCUGUGGCGUCCAUGUUGGCCUGCGCCCGUAUCGGUGCAGCACACAACGUGGUGUUUGCAGGGUUCAGUGCUGAAGCCCUUGCAGAGCGAAUCCGAGACGCCCAGUCCAGCACCGUCAUCACGGUGAACCAGGGCGUCAGAGGAGGUAAAGUCACCCAGCUGAAGAAGACGGUGGAUGCGGCGGUUCAGAGCUGCCCGGCAGUAAAGCAGGUGUUUGUUGCCAUGAGAACAGAGAAUCCGGUCGCCAUAACAGCCAGGGACGUCGCCAUGGAGGAGGAGAUGCUAAAGGAGGAUUUGGUGUGUGAGCCAGCUGCCAUGGACAGUGAGGACGUCUUGUUCCUGCUUUAUACAUCCGGCAGCACAGGGAAACCCAAAGGACUCGUCCACACUCAGGCUGGAUACCUGCUGUAUGCUGCACUCACACACAGGUAUGUCUUCAGCUACCAUGACAGAGACGUGUUCGGCUGUGUGGCAGAUAUUGGCUGGAUAACAGGACACAGUUACAGUGUCUACGGCCCUCUAGCCAACGGGGGAACCACUGUCCUUUUUGAGAGCACUCCCAUUUACCCCGACCCAGGAAGGUACUGGGAGAUGGUGCAGAGACUUAAGAUAAACCAGUUUUACGGGGCUCCCACAGCGAUCCGCCUGCUGCUAAAGUACGGAGACCAGUGGGUCCACAAAUACGACCGCUCCACCCUCAAAACUCUGGGCUCUGUGGGUGAGCCCAUCAACACUGAAGCGUGGGAGUGGUACCACAGAGUCGUUGGGGGUGGACGUUGCCCUGUGGUGGACACCUGGUGGCAAACAGAGACAGGUGGCAUCUGCAUCAGCCCAAGGCCAUCAGAACCAGACGCAGGGAUUGUCCCAGGAAUGGCUAUGAGACCUUUCUUUGGCAUUAAGCCCGUGCUCAUGGACGCUGAGGGAAAAGUGCUGACUUCCAACCACACCUCUGGAGCUCUGUGCAUAGCUCAGCCCUGGCCUGGUAUGGCCCGAACCAUUCACAACAACCACCAGAGAUUCAUUGAGACCUACUGUCAGCCUCAUCCUGGUACAGAAAGAUGUGUUCGGGAUAAACAACAGUCUCUACUUUUAUGGUGUUUCCUAAGACACAAACUCAAGUCUUUACUCUCUGUGCCAAUAGGUUACUUCUUUACUGGUGAUGGCGCUUAUCGCUCUAAGGAGGGUCAUUACCAGAUCACAGGCCGCCUCGAUGACGUCAUCAACGUGAGCGGGCACAGGAUUGGGACGGCAGAGAUAGAGGAUGUUGUGAAUCAAUGCUCUGCAGUGGCUGAGUCUGCUGUCAUAGGUUACUCGCACAACAUCAAAGGACAAGGGGUUUAUGCCUUUGUGGUGCUAAAACAGGAUGUGGAGGACCAGGGGGCGGACCUGCGUCAGCAGCUACACAACAUGGUAUCUAAAAAGAUCGCCAAGUACGCCUGUCCAGACUUCAUCCAGUUCGUCCAGCGGCUGCCGAAAACACGCUCAGGUAAGAUAAUGCGCAGAGUGCUGCGGAAAGUGGUGGAGCGGGACCUGGACGGGGUGGGGGACAUCAACACGCUGGAUGACCCUGCAUCAGUUCAAGAGAUCAUCCAGGGUCACCGUGACCUCUGUAGCAAACAACCACAAUGAUGCACUGUCUGACAAGUGAUGCUUGCACAUUACUCACUAUUUCACUUCGCCAGACAUGUGCAUCAAAAACUGUUUUUAAAGGCCAAAUAUUCCUUUGUUUUUAUUGUACAUAUUACAUUUUUAUGAAAUCGGGUAAACAACUCUUUAAAACUAUGUAUAAUCCACAGAUGUACUCUCUCCAGUAGUGAUUGUAAACAUAAUACAAUAAACAAGUGUCCUUCUCUU